CUCAGCCCUCGACUCUGCUUCCCCUCACGUGUCUUGUUGGGCCGACUGCUCGCCAAAAGUCGCUCCAUGAAGCGCCGUCAUACUGUGUCUCCUCUCAUUAUUGAAGCCGUCACGCUCAAGGCUUUGCGGCUCGCUCUCGACAUGAGGCUUCUGGACUGCAAAAGACCAUCCUAGCUCACUUUGCUGGACAGUCUCUUCACGUGGCUCCCGCCGAUCUCCCCUCCCCACACACACACCCUCGUCCCGUUCCCGACGUGGCGGCAGCCUCUGGCAGCGCCCGCGUGUUCCCUUGGAUCGGGACCAUCAACUCUUGCCUGGAAUUGAGACUAGAGGCCCUACCCAGGCGUUGGUGAGUCGCUAUCAUAACGGACUCCCUCGCUCGCCCGCCAAGGAGGCCAAUGAUUUUUGUCGGACAGCGCCCGACAGUUCCCGUUGGUUCAGCUCCAAACAAGAAGCACGGGUCGCCUGCGACCCCUGAUCUCCUGGCGCGCGUCUCUCCCUUUCGAACCUUCUUUGUCGUCUCCCUGCAGUAGUACAGUAGGCCUACCGAACAGGGCAAUAGGAGCAUCUCAGGGUCCGUACAGAUUACCGCACAGCAUCAGUCCUCGCGAGUCAGAAACAUCCCUUUUCGUUCGAUCGCAUCUUGCGGCCGUCCAAGCACACAAGCCCGGCCCCGGGAGCUUUCCCAAGGACCACCACAACCCGACCCCGAUCCUGGGCCCCUCCCUGAGCUACCCACUUCUGGCUGUUCAUCCCACAUGCACAUCCACUUCCGGCCUGACAUCUCGAUCGCCUCGUGCCGGGCUCUGGACAGCCAUCUCGCCCCUCAAGGCCUAGACCUUGGCCAGCAAGCCCCCGGUUACCAGCAAGGCCUUGCGCUCGACGUCAAGAUCGAUCCUGCUGGUACGGAGGACGUCUGCGGCCUCACGUCAUACGCUACGGCGCCGUCCUGUUCCCUGCGACGAGAGACCCCUGGCCUCGGCGACGCGAGCCCCCGCCGUCCCAGAACACUCUGCUUGUCUGCUGAGACUGGACUGACUCCUCUGCCCCAUAUCCUUUCCUUGGCCGACACCCCCUGUACACGAACUUGAUGCAGCCGCCAGGCAAAAGUGGUACAUGCCACUCCCACUCUUCUGUCCCUCCUCCUUCCAUACCCUCUUCUUCGUCUGUCUCAACAACGUCCCACGAUACAGCCACGUUUUCUCGCAGCAGCACCUGCCACCCUGCCCUGGACGUCGAGGCUUCACUCUCGUCCUGCUCCACGGCGUACGACCACGUCGCAGAAGCGCUUGGGACCGACCAGGGCCGCUGGGCAGACCGCCCGCGCUAUUCCAGCAGCUUUGCCGAGCCAUGGGUGCAUGCGACUGAUGCUCCCGGACAAUCUGGUCCGUCGAACUCGCCGACUCGUCUUUCAACUCCAAACACCUCCUCUUGGCGACCCAGAGGCGUGGUCUCGCCCCGUGCUCGUGACCUAUACGACCCGGCUCGUCGUCCAGAACCGCCGCGUCACACCCAGUCUUUCAAGCGCACCUCCCGACAAGCCGGCAGGACAGCCGACCACGCGAUGGAUCAGGCCCCAAUCAAGAAAGCUCGGAUAGGGUCUUCGCCGCCAAGAAAAUUUGAGAUCCCGCCCUCAGCAACUGGGCCGCCUCCGCCGCCUUCGCGGCUGCACCGCGAGGGGUCCUUCUCGCCAUUGUUCUUCUCUCACGCCCCUUCGAGGCACCUGGGCCGCCCUCCCAGUGCUACCGCAUCCGAGAUCGCUGCCACCAUGAUGCUGCGCGAUCGCGGUGACCCAUUGGGCGGCGUGACGACGGUCAAACUGCCGAGAGCCAGCGUCAGCUCCGCGAGCCCAGCCUUGUCAGGCAGCACUCCAGGAAGCCUGAGCUCGUCUAUCGACAUGUCAAUGCCUUCUGCAAGCACGGACACGAGAAACAUACCCACGAACUUGCAGUCUGUCCAAGCAAUAGGCGCACUGGAGCUUGUCGAGCAUGACGAGCGCCCCACGUUCCUCGUCGACUUGGCCAACUUAGCCAACGUCAACAAACCCAGCAUCAACAUACUGUACAUCAACAGCUCUUUGCGGACAUGCCCGGAAAUAUACAAUCUGGUCGCCGUGGACCCAGAAGGCCCCGUAUUCGACGACAAUUUCGAUCGCUUCCGAACUUGGGUAUACGCCACCUCCAGAAGCAGCGGCGACGGUCUCUACCUCUCUCUGCCUUACCACGAAUACGGAGGCAUAACUUGGACAUCCACGACGCUGCGGCAACGCUUUCGCUUUGUUAGUGGCAACGUUACGCCAAUUGCAUCGCGACAGGUUUCGCCGAUGCCUCUCGCGGAGGAACCUCCCCCCAUGGACGCCGUGGCCUCUGCUCUUGCUCCCUCGAUUCCCGUCUCGCCUAUGGAUGAUGUGGUUGAUCCUCCCGAUUACUUUGGUGACGCCGCGCCCGAGCAGACGCGGGGAAACGUGGCAAGUCUAGGCGCAAUACAGAGCAAACUCGACAACCAAGCUGGCCCAGUUCACCCCGACGCCUUUACCAACCAGGUACUCCAGGUCCAGCCCAGCAAGGUUCUUUUCGAUUGGACGAGGGUCCCCAUCACGGACAACUUGAAUGAACACAUCAAAUUCGCCAAGUCUGUUGACUGGGCUUCGACACCACUCGGACCCAUGUCGGACUGGGCGUAUGAUUUGCGGGCCAUGUCCAAUCUGGUCAUGGGCAGCCCGCACCCCGCGGCUAUGUACUGGGGUCCCGACCUCGUCUGCAUCUAUAAUGAGGCUUACGUCGAGCUGGCUGGCGGUAAGCACCCACAGCUCAUGGGCAUGAAAUACAUCGACGCCUGGUCCGAGAUCUGGCCGGAGAUCGAACCAAUCUUCAAGAGCGCCUUGGAGGCCGGUCAGGCAACCAUGAAGCACGAUAACCACCUCUUCAUCCGGCGUGAUGGGUUUCUAGAGGAAACCUUCUUCUCUUGGGCCAUUGUGCCGCUGGUCGGUGUUGAUGGCGAGGUGGUGGGCCUGUACAAUCCUGCGUUCGAAAACACACUUCGGAGAGUCAACGACAGGCGGAUGCUCACUCUACGAGAAAUAGGCGAAAGGAUCGCGACGGCCACAACGGUUAGUGGAUUCUGGCCCCAAGUGCAAAAAGGUCUCGAGUACAACGACUACGACGUGCCAUUCAGCUUGAUUUACUCUGUCAAGGAGGACGCCGAGAGCGAUGUCUCGUCACUACACUCUGGGAGUCUCAUACACUCUCCUCAAGUAAUCUUGGAAGGCUCUCCCGGCGCACCAGAAGGUCACCCCGCAGCGCCAGCACAACUUGACCUGCGAUCGUCUGAGGAAGGCUUUGCCCCAUACAUGAGACAAUGUAUGGCAGGAGGGGGAGUGCCCGUGGUCCUUUCGGAGAGCGAUGGGACUUUACCCACGGAUCUACUACAAGGAAUCAAGUGGCGAGGCUUUGGCGACCCAUGCACGACAAUAGUCGUCUUCCCGGUGGUGCCAACUACCACCAAAGAGGCUGUCACCGGUUUUAUAAUCCUCGGCGUGAAUCCUAGACGGCCGUACAACGAUAACUACAAGCUCUUCAUCCAUCUACUCUCUCGUCAGCUAGCCACAUCCAUGGCGUCUGUGGUGUUAUUCGAGGAGGAAAUUCGACGAGGUCAGCGAGCGGCCCGGCUCGCAGCGCUGGAUCGUCAGGAGCUUUCGAUGCAGCUACAUCUGCGUACGCAAGAAGCAAACGAGAGCGAGUACAGGUUCACGCGCAUGGCUGAGUACGCACCGGUCGGAAUGUUCAUUGCGGACGCCCAAGGCCAUAUCAACUACUGUAACGAUAUGUGGUGGCAAAUCUCGAGACACUCUCGCUACGAUGAUACCGAGCUGGCCUGGAUGAACAGCGUACGAGAUGAGGACAGGUCAUCGUUGGAAGCUGCUUGGAAAAAGCUUCUCGAGGAGCGGGUGACGAUAUCGGUCGAGUUUCGUUUCAAGCACAGCCAGCGAAAUGGUGACCAUACCAUCGACACGUGGGUUCUCAUGAGCGCUUUUCCCGAAAAGGCCCUAGAUGGGAGCCUCAAAUCCAUCUUCGGGUGCAUCACGGACAUCUCGUCACAGAAGUGGGCAGAAAAGGUCCAAAACGGGCGCCGAGAAGAGGCAGUCGAGAUGAAGCGCCAGCAAGAGAACUUCAUCGACAUCACCAGCCACGAAAUGCGCAAUCCCCUUUCCGCGAUCCUACAAUGUGCGGAUCAAAUCACCAACAACAUUUCGGUCUUUACGGCGCACGAGGUAAAGGGGCAAGUGGAGAAGCUUCUAGAGAACUGUUUGGACGCGGCCAAUACCAUAAAUCUCUGCGCGAGCCAUCAGAAACGCAUUGUCGAUGACAUCCUCACACUGUCCAAGCUCGAUUCAAACCUGCUCGCCGUAACUCCUGUCGAUGAACAGCCCAUCAAGGUGGUUGCGCGCGCUCUAAAAAUGUUCGAGUCCGAGCUGCUGGCUCACGACAUUGAGCUUGAGUUUCAAGUGGAUUCGAGUUUCGAAAGGCAUGGCGUUGAGUGGGCCAAGCUGGAUCCGUCUCGAUUACGGCAAAUUUUCAUCAACCUUAUGACCAACGCAAUCAAGUUCACGCAGGGGCGGGAGCAACGGAACAUCAAGGUAUCAAUGAGUGCAUCGAAGGACAUUAGCGAGAUCACCAGCAAGGGGGUGCAAUACCUGGACAGAAACGACAUCCAGAGGACUGCAGGGAUGGACAUUGACGAGCAGGAAUGGGGGAAAGGCGAACGGAUCAACAUUCACUGCGCUGUCGAGGACACGGGGCCCGGUCUUCGCGAGGAUGAGCUGAAGCUCUUGUUCCAACGAUUCCAGCAGGCGACACCGCGGACGCAUGUGCAAUACGGUGGCUCCGGCCUUGGCCUGUUCAUAUCCAGGAUCCUGACUGAAAUGCAGGGAGGUCAGAUCGGCGUGACGUCGUCCAAGGGUGUUGGGAGCAAGUUCAACUUCUACAUACAGAGUCGAAAAAGCCUGAACCCGCCAUCGGGCUUCGAGCAGGUUUCUGCCUUCAGGAUCGGGCGCAAGGUACAGGUACCGACGAAUGCAGCCCCCCAAAUGAAGGACACGCCAUCCAACUCCCCAGCACGCGGGACCACUUGUUCGGAAGGCCGACCGCUUUUCGAUGUUCUCAUCGUUGAAGACAACAUCGUGAACCAAAAGGUUCUGCAAAGGCAGCUACGAAACUGUGGCAACAACACUUUUGUUGCCAAUCACGGCCGCGAGGCACUCGAUACCCUGCAGAAGUCAAGAUUCUGGGCCGGCAAGGAGGACAAGGGCGUCGAUAUCUCCAUAAUCUUGAUGGACCUCGAGAUGCCAGUCAUGGACGGCAUGACGUGCGCGAGGAAGAUUCGCGAACUUGAGAAGAAAGGUACCAUUGUGCGGCAUAUACCCAUCAUUGCGGUGACAGCCUAUGCGCGCCCAGAGCAGAUUGAGAACGCCAAGGCCGCGGGGAUUGAUUAUGUCAUUUCCAAGCCAUUCCGCAUACCAGAAUUAAUGCCGAGAAUCGAGGAGCUGGUUGGCAAGUACGAGAAUCUCUCGAUAUCUCCUGAACCAUGAGUAGAGGAGGAUAUACCAAGUCAUCACGAGCAGCUGCGCAACUUGCGACCCUUAACGCAGCAUUUCUUCAAAGCACGACCUACAUUCUGAUACGGCCUCACGGGUCGUAGAUACCUAAUAUUCGAAUAUUGUCCUUUUUCCAGACAUGUUGAGCCAUAUACAGCAUACAGCGUUGGCAAGCAUUGGCGUUCCGGGGUGGGGCUGGACCUCAUGAAGCAAAAACGAGUUUGGGCGACCAUCGCAGCACCGUGGGGAGGAGUACAGGUACGAGCGGGAUUCAUCUUCUUGCACUAUAGAUGAUGCUAAUGAGGGCCUGCAUUGGUUUCCUGCGGCCGGGGGGGCUCCGUGGCAUGGGUGAGGACCAGACAGGGGAUUAGAGUACUCCGUACACACGCGACGCAAUGCCGGUUACCCCGGAGGGGCACAUGACGGCCGGACAGGGAAAGGAAAUAUACAAGUCAUAUAUACGACACUCGACAUGCUUAUACCAAACGCCGACACCUCCCUUGAUGUGUCUUAGGCUAUUAUUAUAUCCAAUACUCCACAACAUUCUGCGCCCACAAUGACACUAGGCGGCGGCGGUUGUGUCGGCUCCGAUGUGAUGUUUGACGAUCUGACCGGCCAUCAAACGCAGACACACUUGAUAUCAUCGCCGCCAUGAACCCUCCUUCCCGAUCUCUACUACGGAGUGACGUCUGUCUAACUUCAUCACGUAUCGGCGUCUUGGCCCCGCGUGGGUGUCGCGAUCUAAGCCCUUUGUGUCCUCGGGUGUUGGGGAUGCCGAACAACGUAUGUAUAUACGAACGUGGAUCAUGCAUGGAUAAUGGAUGUUGGACGAGGGUUAA